AUGGAAAUUGAUGAUUUAUUUAAGAAGCCUGAGCCCGUUUUAAAAAAGAGGAAAAUUGUUCCUAUUAAUCCAACAGAAACGUUUAAAAAUAUUCAAAAUACUUAUGUUGAAAAAAAUGGUAGAAAUAAUACAGGAUUUGGUAAUACUUUAGAUAAUUCAGUAUCUUAUGGGGUUGGGGAGGAAGAUGAGCGUUUUUUUGGUGGAGGUUUAACCAAAGGACAAGAAGAUAUAUUGGACUUUAUUGAUGAAAAUGACAAAAAUGAAGCUAUUGAACAAGAAAAAAUUGAUGCGUCUUCACUUAAAAAAAUGGUUCUUAAGCUUGAAAGAGCUAUUACAAAAAAUCAGGAGUUGCGAAUGAAGUAUUCUGAAAAUCCUGAAAAAUUUCUUUCCUCUGAAGCAGACUUAGAUUCAGAAAUUAAGGCGCUUUCAGUGCUUUCUGGUUAUCCUGAAUUAUAUUCUGAAAUAUUACGUUUAGGAUGUUAUAAAUCAUUGAUUGGUCUUUUGUCUCAUGAAAAUGCUGAUAUUGCUAUAAGUGUAUUGGAGUUACUUGACGAAUUAAUAGAUGAUGAUAUUGAUCAUAAUGAAAAUCAAAUGAAAUUGUUGAUAAAUUCAUUGAUAGAAGCUCAAUUAUUUAAUGCUUUGACGGAUAAUAUGACUCGUUUCAAUGAGUUUAAUGAGUCAGAUAGACGUGGUGUGUUUCUUGUUUUGAGUAUUCUUGAGAAUAUUUCUUCAUUCUCUCAUACUUUUUCUGAAAAUGCUGUUUCUUCUACGAAUAUUUUGGAAUGGUUGCUUCAAAGACUUCAAAUAAAAGAAUUUCCUAUUUCUCAAAAUAAGCAAUAUGUUGCAGAAUUAUUGGCUAUUUAUACGUCAUCAAGUUCCUUUAUUCGCAAAAAAAUUAUUGAUUUGAAUGGAGUUGAUAUAUUUCUACAUAUUCUUAGCCCUUAUCGUAAAAGAGACCCUGUAAAAGAUAUUGAGGAGGAAUUCGUAGAAAAUAUCUUUGACUGUUUAUGUUCUCUUUUAGAAGAACAGGAAGGAAAAGAGAAAUUUAUUGAUGCUGAAGGUGUUGAAUUAUGUUUAAUAAUGUUAAGACAUGGGAAAAUUAGUAAGUAUCGUAGUUUAAAGGUUUUAGAUCAUGCCCUUGGAGGGUUUCAUAGCAUCUCUUGUUGUGAAAGGCUUGUUGAGGCUGCUGGGUUAAAAAUUAUUUUUUCUAUUUUUAUGAAAAAGCCUCCUUUUAAGGUUAUCGAAUAUUUAUUAGGGAUAUUUUUAUCUCUUCUUCGAUUAUUGCCUAUAGAUUCUAUAUCUCGUAUUCGAACAUUGGCAAAAUUUGUUGAAAAAGAUUAUGAAAAAAUAUUAAGAUUAAUGGAAUUAAGAAAAUUUUAUAAAUUUCGUGUUGAUUCUGCUAAUAAGAAAAUGAUGGAGCAGCUUAAAGGACUUAGUCAAGACGAAAGGAUAGAAAAAGAAUCUGAAAUUUAUUUUGAUUUAGUAGAUGCUGGACUUUAUUCUUUACAAGUAAUAGAUUUAAUUUUAGCAUGGUUAUGUAUAGAGGAUGUAGGGAUAAAAAAAAAGGUACAAGAGUUAUUAGAAAUAGAGGGACAAGAUUUAUUAUCUAUUAAAGCUGUUCUUCAAGAAUAUUUAAAUAAUAUGCAGGUAGAGGAUUCUGAAAGCGAUAAAUCAGAUAAUGUCAUGAAAGAAAUAGAGAUGGUAAAAACAUUAUUAACCCUUUUGCACUAGAACUUUACUAUUAUGCAAUGAUGAAAUUAAUAUUUGCAAUAAAUGGUGAUAAUUGAGAUAUUUAAAUAGCA